CCCACCCACUUUGCACGCUCGCUAGCUCGCUUUUGCACACCCAGCUGUUCCCACCCUGGUGUCUAUUUAAAGAGCCCUCCGAGUCCAUUCAACUCCUUUGCAGGUUUGUCUGGCUCUGCCCCAUUGCUUUGCAUUUCUCUCUUUCACCAAGAUAUUUUCUUUUUCCUUUCCCCCCCUCUUUCCUCUCAAACUCCAGCAGAACAAGAUGACCACCUCGGCGGACGCCACUCACCCCAUUUUUUCGGAAGGGGAAAAUUGCAAGCCGGGCUGGAAGGCAGCCAGCGCUGGCUACGACGCCUCCGACACCCACCUGCACAUCUUGGGGAAGCCGGUGAUGGAGCGUUGGGAGACCCCUUACAUGCACUCCCUGGCCACCGUGGCCGCCUCCAAAGGAGGCCGGGUGCUGGAGGUGGGCUUCGGGAUGGCCAUUGCGGCCACCAAGAUCGAAGAAUUUGACAUCCAGGAGCACUGGAUCAUCGAGUGUAACGAGGGGGUCUUCCAGAGGCUCCAGGAAUGGGCCAAAAAGCAGCCCCACAAGGUUGUCCCCCUGAAAGGGCUGUGGGAAGACGUGGUUCCGACUCUGCCCGCCGAACAUUUCGAUGGAAUCCUUUACGACACGUACCCAUUGUCAGCAGACACCUGGCACACACACCAGUUUGGCUUCAUCAAGGGCCACGCGUAUCGCCUCCUGAAGCCUGGCGGUGUCCUGACGUACUGCAACCUGACCUCCUGGGGUGACCUGCUCAAGACCAAAUACUCUGAUAUCGAAAGGAUGUUUCAGGAGACGCAAGUCCCACACUUGGUGGAGGCGGGCUUCAAAAAGGAGAACAUCCACACCAGUAUCAUGGAUCUGGUCCCGCCGGCCGACUGCCGAUACUACGCCUUCCGACAGAUGAUCACCCCCACCCUCCUGAAGUAGAAACCGGCACCUUCGUGGGCGAGGAAGACAGGACCCUGCAGAGGCCAUCCCUAAACGGCUGAACUGAAAAAACAGGGAGGGGGGUUAUACAGUAGAACCCCCUUAUCCGCAGGAUCAGUAUCCACCCAUCCACUUAUCCCCAUCUGAAAAAUAUUAAAAUAAAAACUAAAAACCCCAAACGUAUAUUUUUAAAGGCGAAGUGAUCAGAAGUGGCCCCUAGAGGGAG